GAAGAAAAAUAAAAUAAAAAUCUAGGAAGGAGAAGGAGAGAGGAGAAGUGAUUCGAUCGAUUCUCUUUUUGGUGAUCGAAGCUAAAUCUAUAAGGAAUUUGAAUCUUUGUAUGUGUUUUUUUCGUGGAGAUGAGAAGCGGCGGCUUGGAAAUGAUGUCAUCUUCAGCAAUCGUAGCGUUUAAUUUGAAGGAGGGUAAGAAUUGGUGGUGGGAUGUGAAUGAAUCUCCGGUGUGGCAGGAUCGUAUCUUCCAUGUUCUUGCUGUUCUAUAUGGAAUCGUUUCCGUCAUUGCUGUGAUUCAAUUGGUAAGAAUACAAUUGAGAGUUCCAGAAUAUGGCUGGACGACGCAGAAGGUCUUUCAUUUUCUCAAUUUCAUGGUUAACGGAGUUCGAGCUCUGGUUUUUCUCUUCCGGCGAGAUGCACAGAACAUGCAGCCAGAGAUUCUGCAACAUAUCUUACUUGAUAUUCCAAGUCUUGCUUUCUUCACUACAUAUGCGCUUCUGGUUCUCUUUUGGGCAGAGAUUUACUACCAGGCACGUGCUGUAUCGACUGAUGGACUGAGGCCAAGUUUCUUCACAAUUAAUGCAGUUGUAUACGUAAUUCAGAUUGCUCUUUGGUUGGUUUUGUGGUGGAAGCCUGUUCACCUUAUGGUAAUCAUUUCUAAGAUGUUCUUUGCAGGUGUCUCAUUGUUUGCGGCCCUUGGCUUUUUAUUAUAUGGAGGAAGGCUUUUCCUGAUGCUGCAACGAUUUCCAGUAGAGUCUAAAGGGCGGCGCAAGAAGCUACAAGAGGUUGGCUACGUGACAACCAUAUGCUUUACAUGUUUCCUCAUCAGAUGUAUCAUGGUAAAGAUAUACACAUCAUACUAUUGAUACCAUUAGACCAUAUCUUGUUGAUUGAAUUCUCUGUGUUGGUGGAUCUCCGAAACCACAGCUAACCAGAUCUUUCAUAUCAUCUUCUGUUAAUGGUCUAGAUGUGCUUUGAUGCGUUUGACGAUGCAGCAGAUCUUGAUGUCUUAGAUCAUCCAAUCCUAAACUUCAUAUAUUACUUGUUGGUGGAGAUAUUGCCAUCGUCUCUGGUCCUCUUUAUCCUAAGAAAGCUUCCGCCAAAACGCGGUAUCACACAGUACCAUCAAAUCCAAUGAACAUGUUCAGAGAAUCGAAACACUGAGGUACCGGUAAACCGAGGGGUUCAUGUUUCUUUCAUAGACAAAAGUGUAAAUUGUAAGGGGUUUCAGAACAAUGGAUUGUGAUUUCUCUCUAACUAAUUCAAUGCGGUUGAUUAGUAUAAGUCUCUCUUGUUUAUACUGAUUCAAAGUAGUUUGGUGUGAGAAUGAUAGAAUCAUAGUUACUGAGAUAUCCAGCUUCUGGUUCUGACUUCUGAGACGGAAGAACAAUUGGUAUUUUGAUGAUAUAUUAUGGACAUUGGCUUGUUGUCAGUUCAUACGAAGUAGUUUUUUAAGAAAUGCAAAUAGUCAUUUGUUGACUGGUUGGUCUUUUCUCUACCGGUCUUUUCCACUUGGUUAAUUGAAAGUUAGGUGAUAUCUGCACGUACUAAUUUCGGUUAUUAUUAAUUAAUUACAAUCGG